CGUACUUCACUUCAGUCAGUUUAUUUGUUUCAUUCAUAUAGUUCUUGUUCCGCUUCUUGUUUUGUUGAACGUUUUUAUACCAGACUCGUUUAAGAUCGCUUCACCGUGUGCUUUGUAAUGUAAUGUGAUAGUAAACCUGAUGAUUUAUUAAUUGUCGUGAUAUAAUAGUGCUGUUAUCUGUGAUAAAAUGAUGACUUAAUCAAAUAUGUGUUGGCAUUAGUGAUUUUCGAGUUUUCGUAAAAUGGGUUUGAUAACGUCAAGGGAUCAGACGAUGUUGGACGGACCGACCGCGUCGGCGAAGAGUAACCAUGUCCGUCAGCCGUCCACUAGGAACCGAACCAAGCCCCCGAUGCCGGACCGGGAUGAGUUGGAAAGCCGGUUCAUCAAAGUUCUGGCUUCGAUGGACCUUCCCCCGGAUAAGGCGAAGUUGUUGCGCAACUAUGACCUAGAGAAGAAGUGGGAGAUCAUCUGUGAUCAAGACAUGGUGCAAGCGAAAGACUCCCCGACACACUACCUCAAUAAGCUUAGAACGUAUCUGGAUCCUAAGGCGUCUAGGAGUCAUCGGAAAAGAAAAAUGGUGGGCGACUCGACCUCGACCCAAGUCCUCAGGGACUUGGAGAUAUCAUUACGAACCAAUCAUAUAGAAUGGGUCCGCGAAUUUCUUAACGAACAGAACCAAGGGCUGGACGUGCUGAUCGACUACCUGAGCUUCAGGUUGAGCAUGAUGCGGCACGAGCAGAGGAUCGCGCUGGCCAGGAGUCAGUCCAGUGAUGGGAUCAAUCAAGCGAACACGACGACGUCGGAGUGCAGCGCGGGGGCGGGUGCGGGUGCAGGCGCGGAGGGCGCGGCGUCGCUGCCGGCGGCGUGGCGGCGGCGCGCGCGCUCGUCGGACGCGGAGGCCGAGCCGGCCAGCCCCGCCGCCGCACGCCGCCGCUCGCGCCACGCCGCACGCCUCAACAUGGGCGCCUCCACCGACGACAUCCACGUCUGCAUCAUGUGCAUGCGCGCCAUCAUGAACAACAAGUACGGCUUCAACAUGGUGAUUCAACAUCGGGAAGCUAUCAACAGUAUAGCGCUCUCAUUAGUACACCAUUCAUUGCGAACGAAGGCUCUGGUGCUAGAACUACUCGCAGCCAUCUGCCUGGUGAAAGGUGGACAUCAGAUCAUACUGUCGGCGUUUGACAACUUCAAAGAAGUGGUCGGGGAGCCGAGGCGAUUUCACACCCUGAUGGAAUACUUUAUGAACUAUGACACGUUUCACAUCGAAUUCAUGGUGGCGUGUAUGCAGUUCGUCAACAUCAUAGUGCAUUCAGUGGAGGACAUGAACUUCAGGGUACAUCUGCAGUACGAGUUCACAGCGCUGAAGCUCGACGACUAUCUGGAGAGGCUGCGGUUGUGUGAGAGUGAGGACUUACAGGUGCAAAUCUCAGCAUACCUGGACAAUGUGUUCGAUGUAGCAGCCCUGAUGGAAGACAGCGAAACGAAGACAGCAGCCCUGGAGAAAGUCAAUGAAUUGGAGGAUGAGUUGGGUCAUGCGCACGAGCGGCUGGCGGCGCUGGAGCGCGAGGCGAUAGCGAAGCUGGCCACGCUGGAGGCCGAGCUGGCGCAGGUGCGCCACGAGCGCGACCAGCUGGCCGAGGCGCGCCGCCAGGUCGUCGAGGAGGUAUCGACGUUACGUCGAGCGCAGCAGGACUCUCGGAAUCGACAGUCGAUGCUAGAAUCCAAGGUGCAGGAGUUGGAAUCUCUAACCAAAUCGUUGCCCAGAGGGGCUUCGAUGGGUGCUAUAUCAUCACACGUGUUGUGCAACGGAACUUCAAAUGGACCGACGCACGCGCACUCCAACGGUCACACUACAUUACCCAACGGUACUUCCUCAAAUCCGGUCCAUGUACCCCCACCUCCCCCUCCGGCGCCGGUGGCCGCCCCUGCCCCAACACCGCCACCACCACCCGCUCCCGCACCGCCACCACCUCCACCCCCCACCCUGGGUGCACCGCCCCCUCCCGCGCCACCAGCUCCAGGUUUAAUGCCACCGCCGCAGCAGCAUGAUGCAAUGACGAUCAAGAGAAAGGUCGACACCAAGUACAAGCUGCCUACACUUAACUGGAUUGCGCUCAAACCUAACCAAGUGCGAGGUACAAUCUUCAACGAGCUGGACGAGGAGCGUCCACGCCGGCGCAUUAACUUCGCGGAGUUCGAGCAGAAGUUCCGCAUCGGCGGCGUCGGCGCGGGCGCGCCGGGCGGCGGCGGCAACGCCGUCUGCGACGACACGCUCGCCUCCUUUCCCAGCAAGCGUUUCCGCAAGCCCGACACUGUUUCACUGCUCGAACACACGCGUCUUAGGAAUAUAGCAAUAUCAAGAAGAAAACUGGACACACCAGUGGAGAAAGUAAUAGCUGCUAUCAAUAAUCUCGAUUUAAAACAGUUACCACUAGAGAGCGUCGAGAUCCUUCAGCGCAUGGUACCGACAGAGGCCGAACAAAAAGCGUAUAAAGAAUACGUCGCCGAGAAGAAAAAUAUCAAUCAGUUGACCGAGGAAGACAAAUUCCUCAUGCAGUUAGCUAAAGUCGAAAGGAUAUCAGCUAAAUUGUCCAUAAUGAACUACAUGGGCAACUUCUUCGACAAUAUCCACUUGAUAACCCCUCAAAUCCACGCGAUAAUAUCCGGUUCAUCAUCAGUGAAGUCCUCACAGAAGCUGCGGAAUGUUCUGGAAAUCAUUCUCGCGUUCGGUAACUACUUAAAUAGCAGUAAACGUGGACCGGCGUACGGGUUCAAGCUGCAGUCGUUAGAUACACUGAUGGACACAAAGUCGACUGACAAAAGGAUAUCUUUACUACAUUACAUAGUGGCCACGAUCAGACAGAACUUCCCCGAGCUGAUGAACUUCGAUACAGAGUUGUUGUACAUAGACAAAGCGGCGCAAGUGUCGCUGGAGAACGUGGUGGCGGACGUGUGCGAGCUGGAGCGCGGCAUGGAGGCGUGUCGGCGCGAGAGCGAGCAGCGCGCGGCGCACCAGGCGCACGCGCACCUGCUGCGCGACUUCGUGGCCAACGCGCACGACAAGCUGCGCCGCCUGCGCGCCGAGACCAAGCACGCGCAGGAUUCCUUCUCUUCCUGCGUAGAGUACUUCGGUGAGGCGCCGCGCGGAUGCGACGCUAAUGCUUUCUUCUCGCUUCUCGUCCGGUUCACGAGGGCGUUCAAGCAAGCGGACGCGGAGAACGAGCAACGCCGGCGGCUCGAGCAAGCGGCGCAGCAGGCAGACGCUGUCGACCCCAACAAGACCAAGCUCAUGCAGAAGAAACAACAGGAGGCUGUAAUCAACGAACUAAAAACGAAAUCUCAGGCCGUCGGCGAGAAGAAGCUUCUCCACCAGGACGAGGUGUACAACGGGGCGCUGGAGGACAUCCUGCACGGGCUGCGGUCCGAGCCGUACCGGCGCGCUGACGCCGUCCGCCGCUCGCACCGCCGCCGCAUCAAUUCGCACCGACUGUCCAAAGGGCUCGAAGAGCUGGACGUAUGAUACGAACAGGAAUCCAGUCAAGCACUGGACCACUCGACCGUACAGAACGCCGUCAACUCGAUCAACGCGAGGUGCGCCACAUACAUCAACGAUGUCGAUAAGAAGAAGAGACGCAAAGACUUAGAUAUGGUGCACAAGAAACAAUCGAUAGCUAUAUACAAUAUUGAGGACAACGCCCCAGAGUUUGGUCCCGCGGAGCCGCACCACGGGACCGCGAGACACAAGUCGUCGUACAGGGUGGCGCCGUCCGAGUGCGAGGUGGAGGAGCGCUGCGAACUCAUCAAGUCCACGUACGAUGUGAUCUCCAAGUAUACGCGCGCCAUGUUCGAGAAACAGAACGAGACCGUUGUGUGAGAGAUGUGCCUAUAAUUUUGUUGUUGUUCCCGUCGUAUAUUGCACUUGUUACUCACAACUCUACGCUGCCGAAUGUAAUUACUUUAUUUAAUUGUAAAAGACAAAAUUUUAAGUUCACACAAUGUCGCUAAGAGUGACUGGGUACUGUGUGAAUUAAUUAUUAACUUAAUCUCUUGCCAUAGGAAAACGAGCUUUAAUCGGCCGCAAUAGAGGGCAAUAUACGCAAAAACAACAUUCGAUACGCCUACAAAUUCAUUCCACGCAACGCUGCAGUAUUUUGCUACUAACAAUUUACAAAUAUCUUUAUUUCUAUACAAAAGCUUAGCUUUUAAAGGUUUUUCGUGGGCCCAUAGCUUAUUAGUUUUAGAAUGGUCUCUCUCUUACAUUGAAUAGUAGAGGGAGAUAGAGCGAUCGGGCUAUAGGCGUUAUAGUACCGCUAGAUACGGCCUUUGAGAACGCACAGUUUUCUACACAAUGUUUUCAAAAAUCCAACGUAAUUUUUUUACAUGUAGUAAUAUAGUUAUUAAAUUAAACAGUGUCCUUAAUAUAAUAUGAUGAACAUUAUACACAAUAAUUAUAUGAACCCAAGUAUAGUGGGUUUUCAUGUAAACGUUUAAUAUAUGAAUUAUAUUGCAUUUAUACAUUUUUUAGCAUUUUAUAUUUACCAAUAUUUGUGAUAGUUCAAAAUGGUUCUCUCUAGAUUUGCAUUUUUUACAAUUUCGCGAUUGUUUACGCGACGUCCUCGUAACAUGACAGUAUAAAUAGUUUUUAAUUUGUAUAGAGUACGAUUCCACUAUAGAUAAGUUUAAUUCUCACUUCUUAUCUUGAAUCAAUUAUUCAUUCGAGUUGUUAGAAUAAUUCUCAUAAGGAAAUCAUUCAACAUUUUUCGAAUCUCUAUUAAUUAUUUUAUUUGUAAAUAUUUUAAUUUUUUUCCAACGCGUCUCUAACAAUGCCAGUCUCGUAAUAAAUAUCAAUUUAUAUUUGUAAAUAUAGUAUUUUUAUAUUAUCCCCUCAAGUUGCUUGAGUCGGCAGAUCCACGGUAUAUAUAUAUUGUUUUAAAUAUCUGUUUAGUUACGAAACCGACAUUGUUGCAGAUGUAUUAAAAUAAAUACGUAAUAUAAUUGGAUUGAGAUGUAAUUUAAUAUAUUUAAUUCGUAAAUACACUUGUAAACUCGUCUCACACGAUUCAUGUCAACACGAUACAUUCCUACCGUACCAUAUUUCUUGUAAAUAAAUAUCCAUUUUUAAUUGCAUGUGCAUAUUAUAUUUAUUAAAAGGCAUUUAAAAAUAUUCAUCCUUUUAGGUAAAAUAAAAUGGAAAAAUGCAUAGGGUUUACCUGGUGGUAGUUUUUUUUAUUUGACGUCCCAUCAGUGGAUACCACACAUCCAGCCCUAUAUCUCUUCCAGCCAGUUAUUGAUCCUAGUGAUCUAGAUUUUAAAAUGGUGACUCCAUUUUCCCUUAUCUUCUCUCAUUUGCGACAUUAUUUGUAUAGACUACAACUUAUUUAAAAUUAUUUUGGAGGCUCGACCUCUUAAAGAAAGCGCAAUAUGCACACAUCUUUGCAAAGUUCGUUUGCAUCAUCGGUUGGGUACCAUGUGUGACCACGACACUCUAAAAGGGUUCCCAAACUUAUUUUGUCUACUGCCCACUUUGAGAAUAAAUUAUUUUUUAGCACCCCCAUUUUUUCACCUACUUAAAAACCACUGUUACUUCAAGAUCAACAAAUCACCCCCUAAGCCUCUACACAAUGCCCCCAUUUUUUUUCUGGGUAUCUUCCCGGCCCCAUUUAGACUUGCAGCGCCUACAAAGGGGCGUUAUCGUUCACUUUGGGAAAGGCUGCUCUAAAAUCUAAAUGUGUCUCUAAAAUUAGAACAUUUUAGAGAAUAGACAUAGAUUUAGUUUCAGUACGUAAAAGUGUAUCAUGUUGAUAUAACUGUGUGGGCAUAUUUAAUUAUAUAACGGUGCUUUUACGCACAACUCGUCAUAUUUUGCUUGUUCACUGGUGGAUAAAUUUGUUUUAUUUUAUUAUUUUAAAUAUAUUACUAAGUCACGAUUAGUUUAUAAUAAAAUAUUUGUUUUUGAUAUACAGGGUUACUUUGUCUCAAAUACGCUCGCGCAAAGUAUAAUGGAAUGAAACAAAUGAAUAAUCAUCCUGUAGAUAUUUUUAAUAUCAGUGAUUACAGUUUUUGAAAUAUUGUUUUAAGGGUUAAAAGUUACUUAACAAAUACAGAACAAAUUAAUUGCCAAUUACAAUUUUUGAUCUGUCACUCUUUAAAUUAAAAAUUAGACUUUAGAAUCUUAAUUAAAAAUCAAAUUCAUUGUACUAUAUAAUAUCAUUUUGUAUAUCUCACAUCUGAAAAGAAUCUCUAAAAUUAGAUUAUUAAGUCUAAAAUUAUCUAAUUUUAGUAAUACUUCUCUUAAAUAGGUAUGAUGACAUGAGUUAAAAAUUUAAACCCAUUAUUUUUUAUCAGAGUAUCUUUAGUACUUCAGAAUAGGUAAACAACUUAAAAUGUAAUUCCCACUAACAGGAAUCUCCAUAAAGAUAACAUAAUGUCCUUUGCCUUUGAACAUUGUGUGAAAUAUGAACAUUGUUCUGUAUUUGGGAAGAUGCCUUUAAGUUUGGUAGAAGUUUAUAGUAAUGUUUUUUGUAUAGUUAUUUGUAUGUGAUGUAUACAAUAUGAGAGUUUUUAAUUGAUUUUAAUAGUUUUGUUCAUAUUGCAUGUACGCUAGUGUUAGAAACAGUAUUCAGUGAUGCAAUAAACAAUAUACAUUUA